AUGGUAGAAGACGACUCGAAAAUACCCGUCCAGGAUGUGGCCAGGGCACCCAGCGAGACGAGUGAAGAGGACCGCAGACGCGAGUUUCUCUCCUCGUUUACCCCGGAGGACGAUAAGCGCAUUAUGCGCAAAGUGAAUAUGCGCUUCUUGUGGUUGAUUGGCGUGAUUUAUGUCAUUAAGACGAUCGACUACACCAACGCCGCAGCCGUCAAGGUCCUGCAAGUCGGGGAGCCACGCAACGUGCUGAACGAACUCAACAUGUCCACCAACGAAUACAACUGGGUCCAGAGCAUCUACUUCAUCAGCUACAUCGUCUUCGAAGUCCCGAGCAACCUGCUGCAGAAGCGGCUGACGCCGCGGCUGUGGCAGAGCCGGAUUAUGCUCACCUGGGGCAUUGUGCUUGCGUGCCAUGCGGCGGUGCAGAAUAAACAGGCGCUGUAUGCGCUGCGGUUCAUACUGGGGAUGUGCGAGGCGGGGAUGUUCCCUGGGAUUGCGGCGCAGCUGUGCGGCUGGUAUAGGAGCGAUGAGAUGGGGUUGCCGAUUAUGUGGAUGUUUGGGUUUCAGAAUACGUCGGGGAUUAUUGGGUCGUUGAUUACUUAUGCCAUUUCGUAUAUGAAUGGCAUGAGGGGGUUGAGUGCGUGGAGAUGGGUGUAUCUCCUGGAAGGGAUCUUUACGGUUCUCUUCUCCGGCGUCGUCUUUUUCGUUCUACCGGACUGGCCCAAGUCGCCGCGGUCAAGGAAAUGGCUGUCAGAAAGGGAGCAGGAGUAUUUGGAAGCACGACUAUCGGAGAACGCGCCCAGGGAGAAAGACGCAAACUUCGACAUGGGCGAGGUGGUUGACGCGCUCAAAGACCAAAAGACAUACUCGUUCAUGAUCUCGCAGGUGCUCAUCAACUUCGCAGGCUACGCCCUGAGCUGGCAGCUGCCGACUAUCACGACGAGUUUAGGCUUCGCCGGUCUACCGCGGAACCAGCUGCUGAAUAUCCCACCCGCAGCAGCGUCGGUGCUCUCGAUUAUCUUCUCUGGCUGGUUCCUGAAACGCGCUUAUAUGACCAGACCGGCAUACGUCAUGGCCUGCAUUAUGGGCCCGAUGCUGCUCUUCUUCAUCCUGCUCGCCGUGCUUAAUGAUAAAGUCGGCAUAUAUAUCGCCUGCGUGCUGGGGACCAUGUUCCAUGCCGUCUACUUCAUCCCUUUCUGGGCUUGGCGAAGCUCCUCCUUAAAAGGCACAACCGGGUCCGCAUUCACGCUGGCAUUCCAGUCCUGCGUCGGGCAGGUGGGCGGCGUCAUCGGCCCACAACUGUUCCAGUCGCGAUUCGCGUACAACGGCUACAAGACGCCCUUUGCGAUCUGCGCGGCCGUGGUUGGGGUUUCGUGGGUGACGAAUGGCUGGACGUGGUGGUUGACGCGCAAUGUCGAGUAUGAUGUGCUGCGGGUGCGCAGGCUGCGGAUCAAGGAGGAGAAGCAGGGCAGGGUGUAUGCAGGGGAGGACAUCAGGGUUUAUGAGGAGCGGGAGUUUUAUGACGGGGUGAGGAGAGUAACAGUAUGA